AUGGAACAUAACGAUUCUUCUUGCACUCAUUCAUCAUCACCAUCAACUAAUUAUCAUUUGGAUUAUUUAGAUGAAUUUUUAAAGUUAAUAUGUGCUCCUGAUUUGUUAACGUUAGGUUUGUUUCCAAAUGCCAAAGAAAUUACAGAAUCAUAUGCAGUUUGGGCAGCAUUACGACGAUUUAUCUUUUCACGAUUCGAAAAAUCAUCUUCAAAAUCGAUCGAUCCUAUUCCGUCUACUGAUCAUCGUCAAAAUGCAAUUAUUGUUGUUGGCGAUGGUAUGACACCACGUACAGCUGCGCUAUGUGCAUAUUUAACGAAAGGAUUAUGGCAAUGUUAUAGUAUCGAUCCUAUCCUUCAAUAUGAUACGUAUGCCGAUAUGUUAUUUAUUAAUCGAGGAAGUAAAACCACAGCUGAACAUUGUACAGAAUGGAAAUCCAUCAAAGGAUUACGAAUGGUACGUGCGAAAAUUCAAACAGUAUCUGUGCAAUGUCGAAAAGCAAUCGUCGUUAUGAUGCAUGCACAUGUAACCCUCGAAGAUGCAAUUGCAGCUAUCGAUGCAACCGAAGGCAUCAUUGGUAUUAUAACAUGCCCAUGCUGUAAUUGGGCUCCGUUUCAACAAGAGUGGCUCGGACAACGACCUCAUCAUCAUUAUGCAGAUUCUAAAUUGCUGAGUGGAAAGAAUGAAAUGAAUGUAUGGUAUUUUCCAGACGGUUGUGAUAGGAAGUCAUCUACUCUUAGUACAAUAUUUGAAAAUACACAACUUCCAACGAAACAAAUCAUCGAACAUAAUAUAUGGGGCAUUGAUACGAGUACUAUUGAAAGCAAAUUAUCUAGUCGCGAUGGUGUUAAACAACGAGCCACUGAAUUGUGGCCACAAUUAUUUGCAUAUGGUAGUAAAGCAUUUAUUAACACAAUUGAUUCUAAUCCAUUAGCCGAAAUGAAAGAUUUCAAUAUGAUUCAAUCAACGUCGAAUAAUUCAGAAGCAUGGGCCUGGGCAACAACAGCAUGGUCACCUAAAGAUGUAUUACUUUUAAUAGAAUCAUAUAAUAAUGAAUCGAUAUCAACAACAGAUUUAUCCAACGAUGUGUCAGUUUUACCGCCGUGGCUUGGGAAACCUCUCUUAGUAGUAGGUACGAUUGGAUCCAUGCGACGAUGCAAACAUACACUUUUUUAUGAAUUAAAUACUUGUGCCAUUCCACCAGAACCGCUUCAAGAAAUUCUACGACUUACUUGUGAUACUUCAACGACGACAGUUAACACUACAAUCGAAAACAAACAUGUAUUAGCUGGCACAUUUCCUGCAUUAUUAAAAACUGCUGAUCGUAUGUGGACAUGUGUAGAAUAUCAACGACAUCGUCACGCAGUUGCUUGUUACGAUGCAACAAUUGGACGAAAAACAAAAGAUCGUAAUUCAAAAACACAUCGACUUGAUACAGCAGUACCGUCGAAUACUGACCGUAUUAAUGUCGUAUUGCCAUUAGGAUCUUAUCAAGCUAGAACUACAACCGAUAAACAAUGUGAAGAUAUUAUGAAGAUGAAAUUUCCAGAUUAUAAUCCACAACCUCGUGAAUCUCUAUUUCCUUGGGCUAUGCAUUUACGACCCGGUGAUAUCAUUGUUGCAUAUUGUGAAUUAGUAUGUAAUGCAGCGCGACGACCACAGCUACGUUUCAUCGAUGGAAUCCUACUAUUCGAUAGUAUGUUACACAUGAUCUGUGCUCAUCGUCGUAAUUUACAAUAG